GCUGAGAGGGAGGUUGAGGGUUCAGACGUUCAAGUCAUGCUACACGUGUAUUUCCUAGUGAUGGCCAGGUCCGGUCCUGAACCACGGUUCGAACCCGAACCGUUUCGAACCUGACCGAAGUCCGGUUCAAAGUUCGGGCAAUAGGGGGAACCGAACCGUCGGUCCAGUCCACGGUUCGAGGACUUGCAGAAUUCUCGAACCUGGUUCGAACAGGUCCGAACAGGUUCGAACCGAUUGUCAACGAGGGAUGGGUGAGCGAGUCGCCCAGCAUAGAGGAAAUCGAAAUAGUUUGUCUUCCAGACCUGCAACAGCCCCCGCAGGGAGCACCGCUCCACAUAUGGCGAUCGUACCCACUCAAAGUUCACUCUCGCCAGCGCCUUUUGACUGGAUGCAUUUUGAAGGACGGAGUAUCAAAACCACGCUCUCCAACAUUCUUGGAGUAGAUGGUCUUGCACGUGAGCGAAAGUGGCGAGCACAUUGUGUUCUCAGCGUGGAUCUCGGCCGAAGGGCACGAGAAGGUGUCGAAGCUCUCAUCCCCCACGCAGACGUCAUCUUCCUUUCAGCGCAAACAUUUCCCUCGCUCUCUAAUCCCCAGUUUAACGCUGUCAACCCUGGCCCACCUUCUCCGCGCGCUAUCCUCCUUGCGCUCGCACGACACGCAUCUCCACACGCGCUCCUUGUAUUAUACGGAGGUGCCCUUGGUUCAGCCCUCCUCUCCCUUCCCACUCGUGAAUACCUCCAAUCCUCUUCCUGGUCUCCACUCCCGAUGGGCAGAUCCCAUGCACACACCAACUCCAACUUACACUCCAUCAUCUCCACCGCUGAGGGUGUCGAGAGCGUGCGCAGCGGCUCAGAAUUUUGGGCUGGCCGCCGCAGCCCCGACUCAAGCGGGUUCACCAUGGGUGAUAACCCCUCACCUGCCCGAAAUUGUGACAGCGGAUACUCAGAAGACCACGACGACGAGCCAAGAAGACUUGCUGUACCGUGA